CCCGCGCCGCCGUCUUCCCGGCAGUCGCGCGCGCAGGGGCUGUCGCGGGCGCCGCUGCUGCCCGAGGAGCGCGUGUGCCUGCGCGUCGGGAACAAAGUCUUCUUCACGGGCGAGACGCAGUCCCUUGAAGAUUUAAACAGGUGGAGUCUACUACUUAUUUCUCCUUUUAUUUACCCUGAUAAGUUGCUUGAAGCAGAACAUAUAGCUUUUGUGACAGAAAGCAUUUCAGCUCAAACAGAUAACUCGCAGAAAAUACCUGACUGCUCAAAAGAGGUUGUGAGGUGGUCAGAUUAUUGUUCACCUUUGGCCUUUAAACCUGGUGAGCCUUAUAAAUUAAUUGCUGAAGCAAGCAUCGAUAACUUCAGUAACCUUGGGAUAGCAUUCAUGGAAGACAGGCUGCAAAUGGAUAACGGGAUGGUGCCACACAAGAUAGUUUCUGUCCAUUUGCAGGAGUCUACUCUGAAGGAGUUGGGGCAGGUGGACCCAUCAGAAAAAGAGAAAAGCGUAAGCAGUGCACAGAUGCAUGAUUCUGCAGAUACUUCUGAAACUGCUGUUAAAUCAGAAUUAGAAAUAGCUGCAAAUCCAGGUGAUCCGCAGUCAGAAGAGGAGAAAUGCAAGCUAGAGCAAGCAAGCAAGCAUGAGGAAGAGUCCAGUAGUCUCUCUGACAGAGAGAUAGGUCCUGGAGAACAUCAUCACUUGCAUCUUUCCAGCUGUCAUGAAUGUUUGCAACUUGAGAACAGUACUAUUGAGUCAGUCCGAUUUGCCUCUGCAGAAAACAUUCCUGAGCUUCCUGAUGAUUGCAGCAGCAAACCGGAAGAUAAAAAUGUUGAAUACAUAGCAAGUAAAAUAAAAAGAGUAAACCUUGCUGGAAAGCCCCCUAACAUCUUGAUUUAUGUUGGCUCUGAAGGUUCAAAAAUGCAGUUUGAGCAGGUAAAAUCAGUCCUUGAAGAAUGUGUUGAUGGAGACAGCUACACCAUCUACCAUCUGCGUGARGAGCAAGUUCUGAGAGAUCCCUGGGUUGAUAAUGCAGUGCUGUUGGUCAUUGCCACAGAGGAGACUAUUUCUGAGGAAAGUCAUAAACAGUUUAUCAAGUUUUUAUCCAACGGUGGAAAAAUUUUAGGAUUUUCUUCCUUGUUUACAUUUGAUGAUAUUCAGAUAAAGAGAAAGGACAAGCUGAAGACUGUUCGUGAAUUAGUGGUCUCUAAACCGGACAACACUGAAGUUAAGUUAGAUUUUUUGAUCAGUGGCUGCAUUUUUGAGGAAGCGAUGAAGGAAAAUAUCAGCAAAGUGAAGCCCUUGAGCCACUUAAAUAAUGCUGACAGAGAUCUGGUUAUUAUUCACUUGCCUUAUGGAGACAAUGGAGGAGAAGCUGUUCUUUCCCAGGUGCACUUAGAGCUGGAUAUAAACUCUAUGGAUAUCCAAACUGAAGAGGAUUUUAAUUUGCUUAAGAUGAGCAAUACAAAGAGAUAUGAAAUUCUGAAGGAGAUUCUGAUAUCGCUUGGCCUGAGUUGUGAACUAAGGGAAAUUCCUAUGUUAACACCUAUCCAUCUACUGUCCUCCGAUGAGGAAAUCCACGUUGCUUUUCUGAAAUGGCUCGAGCAGAAUGUAGAUGCUGARGGAUUAAUAGCAUCCAGCAAAGUGUCUCUUAAAUUUGUUUCUUCUGAUGAAACAAAAAUGGAGGUAACCCCGUCUCUCAUGCCAGUCAUCACGCAGAUGGGAAGCUUCUCAUCAGAACAUUUCAGCCUGAAGACGUAUCAACAGAACCUGCAGACAAAAAAGCUUGGAAAGAUCCUUCUGUUCACUGAAGUUACCACCACAACAAUGAAUCUUCUAGAUGGGUUAAUGUUCAAGUUGCCAGAGGAGAUGGGUUUAAUAGCAAUUGCUGUUAGACAAACACAAGGGAAAGGUCGUGGUGGAAACGUUUGGCUCAGUCCCGUGGGCUGUGCACUAUCCACUUUACAUAUCACCGUUCCUCUCUACUCCAACCUGGGCCAGAGAAUCCCUUUCGUUCAGCAUCUGGUGUCCUUGGCAGUGGUGGAAGCGGUUAGAUCAAUACCAGGAUAUGAGGGUAUUGAACUGCGGGUGAAAUGGCCCAACGAUAUUUACUACAGUGACCUCAUGAAGCUCGGUGGAGUGCUGGUGAACUCUACGCUUAUGGAAACAACGUUUCAUAUACUUAUUGGCUUUGGGUUUAACGUGGAUAACAGCAACCCCACCAUAUGCAUCAACGAUCUCAUCCGGAAAUACAAUAAGGAAGAGGGGACACAACUGAAGCCUUUAACUGCAGACUGUCUCAUUGCAAGAACUGUAACUGUACUGGAGAGGCUCAUAGAUGUUUUUCAGGAGAAAGGGCCCAACGGAGUUCUUCACCAUUACUACAAGUACUGGAUACACAGCGGGAAGCGGGUGCGCCUGCGCAGCGAGGAGGGCCCCGUGGCCUGGAUCGUGGGCAUAGACGACUGCGGCUUCCUGCAGGUGCACGAGGAGGGCAAGGGCGUCGAGUCCGUGCACCCCGACGGCAACUCCUUCGACAUGCUGAGAAACCUCCUCGUCCCCAAGCGCUAGGAGCGCCGCGCGCCCGCGGCACUGCCUGCUUAGGCUUGGCUUUGCUCGUCUCUCAURUCUCCGUUGCUCGGCACGGGUAGCAUCAAGGCUUUAAGGAAAAGUAAUGACCUCAUUGCUGAAGACGUUUAUUCUUCUGUAGCAAUUWAAAAAAAUUGCUUUGCUGCUCUUUGUAAGCAGCUGCUCUUUGAUAGGAAUCUAAUUGUAGAGGAAGACUUUGCAGUGAACUUCCUGUUCAUUUACACACUGUGUUUAGAGAAACUGAAGUAGCUGCUCAUUUUCAAAAUGUGUCUGUGCAUUAUUUUUAUUGUGCUUUAGCACAGUGCAAAUCUCUAUCUUUUUUCAAUACUUUUUCUUAAGUAAAUUCUGUUUUAUGCAUUGCCCGUGAUGGAGCUGGGAAGAGCUCAUCGUGUAUUUCUGAAUGAUGGGGCUUCACAUUCUGUGUAUUUGGGUUUGGGUCUAAUAAAUAAAACCCUUUAGAGCCU